AUGAAGGUUAAGGCUGACCGUGACGAGGCUUCGCCUUAUGCUGCUAUGUUGGCUGCUCAGGAUGUUGCUGAAAAAUGCAAGACACUUGGCAUCACUGCACUGCACAUUAAACUCCGUGCCACAGGUGGCAACAAGACUAAAACUCCAGGACCCGGUGCUCAGUCUGCUCUCCGUGCUUUGGCUCGUUCCAGCAUGAAAAUUGGUCGCAUUGAGGAUGUUACGCCUGUGCCAUCUGACUCUACACGCAGGAAGGGUGGUCGACGAGGACGCAGGCUGUAA